AUGGGUCAAGGUCAAUCUGGCAUGGGGGAAGGAGGACGCGAUGAGAAGGACAAGAAGAAGGAUAAGCCCAAGUACGAGCCUCCGCCUCGACCUACAACACGAGUCGGUCGCAAGAAGAGAAAGGCCGGUGGCACCAGCGCCGCUCAGAAGCUCCCAGCCGUCUACCCUACUAGCCGAUGCAAGCUCCGACUUUUGCGAAUGCAGCGAAUCCACGAUCAUCUCUUGCUCGAGGAGGAGUACGUCGAGAACCAGGAACGUCUACGCAAGGCUAAGGUAGCUAAAGAGGGUCAAACCGCCGGCCCCGAUGCCGAUAUCGACAGACUAGCAGACGAGCGUGGCCGUGUCGACGAUAUGCGAGGAAGCCCCAUGGGCGUUGGAACCUUGGAGGAGCUCAUUGAUGAUGACCACGCCAUCGUGAGCAGCACAACCGGCCCCGAGUACUACGUCAGCAUCAUGAGCUUUGUCGACAAAGACCUUCUGGAGCCCGGUGCUAGUGUGCUUUUGCAUCACAAGAGUGUUAGUAUUGUUGGUGUCCUGACCGAUGAUGCCGAUCCUCUUGUCAGUGUAAUGAAGCUAGAUAAGGCGCCUACCGAGUCGUACGCGGAUAUCGGUGGUUUGGAACAACAGAUCCAGGAAGUCAGAGAAUCGGUGGAGUUGCCAUUGCUUCACCCUGAGCUGUACGAGGAGAUGGGUAUCAAGCCCCCGAAGGGUGUUAUCCUUUACGGUGCCCCCGGUACCGGAAAGACGCUGCUGGCAAAGGCCGUUGCCAACCAGACCUCUGCCACUUUCCUGCGCAUCGUGGGUAGUGAGCUUAUCCAGAAGUACCUUGGUGACGGCCCCAGACUUGUGCGACAACUCUUCCAGGUUGCUGGCGAAAAUGCACCAUCGAUUGUUUUUAUCGACGAGAUCGAUGCCAUUGGUACGAAGCGAUACGACUCGACAUCAGGUGGUGAACGAGAAGUCCAGCGAACUAUGUUGGAACUGCUCAACCAGCUGGACGGUUUUGAUGACCGCGGUGACGUCAAGGUCAUUAUGGCCACCAACAAGAUCGAUACCCUGGAUCCUGCUCUGAUUCGACCUGGUCGUAUCGAUCGAAAGAUUCUCUUUGAGAACCCUGACCAGAACACCAAGCGCAAGAUUUUCACACUCCACACCUCUAAGAUGAGCCUUAACGACGACGUCGAUCUCGAGGAGUUCAUUUCGCAAAAAGAUGACCUUUCGGGUGCCGACAUCAAGGCUAUAUGCUCCGAGGCCGGUUUGCUGGCCCUUCGAGAGCGACGUAUGCGGGUGCAGAUGGCGGACUUCCGGUCCGCACGUGAAAGAGUGCUCCGUACAAAGCAGGAGGGUGAGCCGGAGGGUCUGUAUUUGUAA